AAAACACCAAAAAAAAACCAUCUCAAUGGUUCUUACACAAUUUGCUUGUAGAACGUCUCAAUAUAUCAGCUUAACAAAUGGACAUCCUUUAUAUACGCCUUUACCAGGCUUCGAAAGACCAGGAAAAGACAUGAUUUCGUGCUGUUAUGGAGAAGACGGAAGUUUUUUUGCAUGGUCGUCAAUAGAAAAUGUUAAAAUAGUCGAUACAUCUACAGGAGAAUUAGUGAGAAUCUUUGAUAUCCCUAAAGUAUAUGAGUUGAAAUUAUCGCCGAAAAAUAAUUAUAUUGUUACGUGGGAAAGACUGUCGAAAGCAGAAGAUGGAACUGCUAAUGAAAAUCUUAAAAUAUGGGAAAUCUGUACGGGAAAGAAGCUUUAUUCAUUUAUUGAGAAAAGUCAAAUAUCGAAUUUACAAUAUACAACAGAUGAGAAACUUUGUGCGCGAAAAGUAACAAAUGAGAUCCAAUUUUUCGAAUCAACAAAUAUGGAAAAAGGUCCUAUAUAUAGAUUACAUGCUAAUGGAGUAUUUUCAUUUUCAUUGUCGCCAGGAAAAAACAAUGUUAUUGCAGUAUUUAUUCCGGAGACAAAAGGAGCACCAGCAACUGUCUCAAUUUAUAAUAUUCCAACAUUUUCUUUUGUUAUUAGUAAAAAAGCAUUUUAUAAAGCAGAUAGUGUUCAAAUGAAAUGGAAUAAAAUAGGAACUACAUUAAUUAUUUCAACAUCUACAGACGUGGAUAAAACAAAUAAAAAUUAUUACGGAGAAACAAAUAUGUAUAUUUUAAGUGCAAUUAGAAAUUAUGAUUCCAGAAUUAUUUUCGACAAAGAAGGUCCUAUUCAUGAUAUAUCAUGGUCUCCAAAUUCACGCGAGUUUGGAGUAGUAUAUGGGUUUAUGCCUGCUAAAACUACCAUUUUUGAUAGCCAAGCUAAUAUCAUAUGUUCUUUACCGCCUUCACCUCGUAAUACAGUAUUAUUUUCUCCUCAUGAUCGUUUUGUUUUAGUAGCGGGUUUUGGAAAUUUAAAAGGAACAAUUGAUAUCUAUGAUAAAAAAAAGAAAAUGAAGAAAAUAACAACUAUAGAAGCUAGUAACAGUACUGUUUGUGAAUGGAGUCCUGAUGGUAGACAUAUUUUGACUGGAAUAACUAGUCCAAGAUUAAGAGUAGAUAAUGGAGUUAAGAUCUGGCACUAUACCGGUAUCCUAAUGUACGCUGAGGAAAUAAAUGAGCUUUAUGAAGUUUUUUGGCAACCACAAAAUCCAGAAAUUCAUCCAUUUCGUUCAUCUCUUUCUCCUGUACCUGAGCCACAUUCUUCUGCUUCACUCGUAGCCAAUAAAACGCCAGUUAAAUUAAUAGGGGCGUAUAGGCCUCCACAUGCUCGUUCUAGUGCAACGCCUCAAGAAUAUAAAAGAGAAGAUGAAAAAAUUAUAGUUAAUAGUGUUCAAGAAGUAAAAUCUAAAACAAUCUCAAAACAAUUUGUACCAGGAGUGGAUCCUUCAAUGCAAACUCAAGGUUCCAGUAAAGCAGCUUUAAAAAAUAAAAAAAGAAGGGAUGCAGCAAAAAAGGUUAAAGAAUCGAAAGUCAUUAAUGUAAAAAGUACAAAUGGUGUAUCUUUUCAGUCUGUUACCUCGAGUUUGGAACAAUCACACGUUAUUGGAAAUUCUUUAGAUAAUGAAAAUAAGAAAAUUCGUUCAUUACUCAAAAAAUUACGAGCUAUUGAAGAAUUAAAAAUGCAACAGGAAAGAGGAAGUAAACUAGAGGAUACGCAAAUAAAGAAGAUAGCUACAGAAAGCCUAUUAAGGUCUGAAUUGAAAACUUUAGGUUGGGAUGAUAAAUGUAUGAGUAUGAAAUAGUAAAUGUUUAUUCUUCUAUUUUGAUUUAUGAAAACUAAGCGUAUAA